UUUUUGUUGUCCCACCGACAUCGGAGUUGAGUGUGGAGUCGUUCGAGUUGCUUCCUAAUUUCAGAUUUCGGCUUCCAGAUUUGAUCGGUUUGCUGGCGUAAAUGGCCUAGUAAAAGGAAAAAGAAAGACCUUCACAUCAAUGGCAUCACUGUGGUCAAAAUUCUCUGCAGUACUGCCUGCUAAUGAAGACCAGUUUCCACUGCAGUUCAGUGACAAAGUGGAGUUAAGUGUGGUGGAAAUACUGAAGCGAUCCAGAAAGCAGCUGUACAGCAACACCGCAGGUUCCAGCCGGUUGCUUAUUGCUCAGAUAAUUUUGGACGUUUCGUGGGAGAAGCUCAACACAGGAACAUGGCGGCAUGUGGACAAGGAGUGGAGGCGCGUUUACUCCUAUGGCUGUCUCUUCAAAGUGGCCUCUCUGUGUUGUGAAAAUCCAUCUGAAGAUGAGGUCCUGCAGGCUGUCCGGACUUGUGACAUGGGUUUAAUCAUGGGCGCGGCCAUCAUGGAUGAUAUACUUCAGGUUGUUGUUCGGAUUCUGCAAGGUCACAUAAGGACAUUGAAAUCUACUGGGGAAGAGAAUGAAAGUGAACGUGCUGAGGUCAAGAGAAUAAAGAUUGAAAGCCCACUUGUUCCUGUGAUCAAAGAAGAGUUGGCAGUUCCCAGAAUAAGGUGUCCAUCACUGGAAAGCUUCAAAACAAACUACCUGCUCCCCCUCAAACCGGUGAUUUUAGAGGGAAUCAUCGACCACUGGCCUGCCUUCAACAAACACCCUUGGAGCAUAGAAUACCUGAGGUCUGUGGCUGGCUGCCGGACGGUUCCCGUUGAAGUGGGAUCCAGGUAUACGGAUGAGGAUUGGUCACAAACGCUGCUUACAGUCAAUGAAUUCAUUGAUAAAUAUAUUUUGAAUAAAGAUGGAGUGAAAGCUUCGGGUUAUCUUGCUCAGCACCAGCUGUUUGACCAGAUACCAGAGCUCAAGGAUGAUAUCCGCCUCCCUGAUUAUUGCUGUCUUGGUGAAGGCGAUGAAGAGGAUAUUACUGUGAACGCGUGGUUUGGUCCCGGGGGUACAGUCUCGCCUCUUCACCAAGAUCCUCAACAGAACUUUCUGGCUCAGGUAGUGGGAAGCAAAUACAUUCGCCUAUAUUCCCCCGAGGACACAGGCAAGCUGUACCCUCAUCAAUCACAGCUGCUUCACAAUACCAGUCAGGUGGAGGUGGAAAAUCCAGAUGCUGAGCGCUUCCCGGAGUUUGCCAAGGCUCCGUAUCUCGAAUGUGUGUUGCAGCCUGGAGACGUUCUUUUCAUCCCUGUCCGACACUGGCAUUACAUCCGUUCCUUAGAGCUCAGCUUCUCUGUCAGCUUCUGGUGGUCGUGAUUGCAGAUUUUUAAUAAAAAAAAAAAUAUACAACGUGUGUACGAUGAAACUAGUUCAGCCUGAUUUUUGCUGCUGUCAGAGAAGGUCAAUGGAGAGCUUUUAACUAAUGUGAAGCUAAUAAAGGUAUUAAGGUGACCUCUGAUUACAAAAACCUUUAAUCCGUGAACUAUGAACACACUUUGCUCAAUGAUUAGUUUAAUUGUGCUGAUGAUGAUCGCAGCAUCUAUUGUGUGGAAAGCAACCGGCAGCCACCGAAAACAACAAAUGAGCAGUUAAAAGUCUUUCUGCUCAUUUCAUCCUGCAUAUAAUUUACAGAGGGUUGUUAGUCAUCUAAUUUGAUAGGGUAUGUUUCUCUUUUCAAAUUGGCUUAUUUAAUUGUGUUCUCAACCUUAUUCCCAUAAAUAUUCUCAGAUGUGUGAUUUCCAUAAUUCAUGGAAAUGAGGCAAGUCUUCAAAUUUAAUAACCAAGCAAGCUACAGGUACAGAAAUGUGGUAAUAAACACAGCUCUCUGGUUAAACUGACAGUCUGAGCUAAUCAAGCAGGUCACAGAUGAAAAUUAAUAAAUUAAAUGAAUUAAUCCUCUGGGCAUACACAGACUUUGAAAUUAAAAUCAUCUCACUGGUAAAGUACUCUGACAGUACAACUCUCGUCUGGCACCAGAAACGCAAAACCUGACAAAGAGAGCGGCACAUUUCAGACCUCUGACAAGCCACAGUCAUGUAUCCCGUAGGUCCUUCCCAGUCAGCGCUGCUUGUUGCAGCUAUGAUGUGAGGAAGUGACAAAAUUAAGCAGAUCAGCCCUAAUGUGCAUAUUUGAUCUACUUUUCAACAAAAUUCAGUCGGAAGUAGCGGUGUUUUGGGAAAUCAGGACUGUGUCAGACAGGUGAACUUGAAGAGCUGUGGGGACUGC